UUUUGAAACUUCACUCGUACCAGGUCACAAGAUGCCAGCUUACAGGUGGGUCAGCCGUACGUCGGGGCAAAGUUUGCCGGAAACCGCGGUCCAAGGUGGCCGCGACGUAGACGGAAGCACGAUUUUCGUCGGGAGAGCCUUCCACGAAGGUGACAUGCUCCCAGCGAAAGUGAUCCCCGAUAAAAACGUAGCUUACGUGUGUCACAACGGCGAGGAGCAUCCGAAACACGAUUACGAGAUUUUGUGUCAAGGUGAAUUCGCAUGGGAGUUCUGCAACAACGGAUCAGUCCCAAGCGAUGCUGUGAUCGCAGGGCAGACCACCGAUGGAGAACCUCUGUAUGUUGGCCGUGUUCUCCAUAAUGGAUCCCAAACAGUCGGCAAGGUUCAACCUAGCCACGGAUGCCUCUACAUUCCUUUCGACGGUGAAGAAUUAUCCUUCAAAGACUACGAAGUACUCGUGAUUCAUUAAUUAUCCUAGUCGAAUCGAAGUUAACUGUAUAUCAUGACCGACAUUUCUACUAAAAAUUGUACGUUGAGCGAGCCUAACUCGAAAAGUAAAUCGUCGUUUCUCUUCUAACAAAACAUCUUAAUUUCCGCGUGCCGCGUUAAAGACGCGUAAAAGUCGCAAUAUGACUCACGAUGCAUCUGAUACAACGUAAGGUUAAACGAUAAGACAAAAGUGAUACCGUCGAAGACGUUUAUUACUCGUAAACAUCUCUCGAUUCCUCGAGCUCGUAUCGAUGAAAUCAACGGUACACGAUUUUCCUUCGUUGACGUUCCUUCGUGAAAAACUCAAGGGUCACCGUGAUUACAGACGGUUCAGAUCAGUCGUAAGAGUGUGUAUACCGUUAUCAGUGUGUUUCGCGAAGCGAGCUGCAAUUCUUACGAAAGACGAGACGCGUCUUACCACCCGAGAGCCUAAAUAACGAUUACACUGCGUGUCGUGAAAGCCUGAAACGUUCGAUUUUCAGCUGAAAUUGUAGCAAAAGCAGACGAGAAACGGUGGUAGGAAAGGAAGCGAGCGGACUUCCACUGGAACCCUCGCGAUCCUCAGGCCGGUCUGUUCCGAGUUCAAGCACGCGUUCUCAGCGGAUGUGCCGGGGAAACACGAAAACAACGGGUCUGUUACGGCUCUGAAUCGAAUAUUUUAUAGCGUCGCUCGAAUUACGAGCAUUACUCACUUGACGACGUCAUACGGUCAACUUAAGAGCCAGGGCCGUAACUCACACCUUCUAAUCCGGCCGCGAGAUCCACCGAAUUCCUCCGGUUCUCGCGAAACACCGUUCAACCCUACGAAUCGUCCCUCGUACUCUCGAUCCUUGGUUCGAACGACGAUAAAAACGAUCGUACCAAGAAUGUGUUUACGAACGAGGUCUCGUCUGUGCGUGAUCGAUGAAAGUUUCUCUCCACGGAAGCACAACAGAGGUCUAGAAAAAUCUUGAGGCCGUCGUACACGUAGGAACGAGGCACGAAUAAUAAUUGGCAAUUCGUCACAAUUGGCCAGCCGGCAAACGUGAUUACGGGACCAGAAAGGUCCCACGUGCAAAUCGUCUCGUCGUGGGUAUACUGCCUUAAUCCAAUCUUUGAUUUAUCGUUCUGGGUGGCCUCACGAGGGGGGCAGCACGGCCCUGCCUGAAAUAGGCUCCGGCCGUAGAAGACAAGACGGUCCAGUUGCGAUUAUUUUAUCAACAAAUUGCCACAUUUAACAGCACCUCAACUCUGGCCUACCCAGAGACGUCUCUUCCAACGGUGCUCGAUGUUUACGCGCCUUUUCGAUCGUCGUAGGAAUAUCGGGGUAUCUUUGCUCCCUUUCGGGCCAUCUGGAGAUUUCAACGAGUGGGAAGAUCGCUAAUUUCUUUGGAUUUUUGUGGGAGCCAGCUUGGAACGUCGAUUAACCCUUUGUCAACCCUUUCGGUGGCCGAAUUGUCUCUUUAAAGAAUUUAUUAUUUAUUUGGUGAUUAUCUCUUCUGUAAU